AUGGCUCCGGUGAACAUAACUUCAAUCAAAACCGCAUCAAGCGGCUUAUUGCAAGGCGACAAUCCUCUCAACUUCGCCUUCCCACUCUUAAUUGUCCAAACCACCUUAAUAAUUGUCGUUAGUCGUUUCCUCGCCUUCCUUCUCAAGCCCCUCCGCCAACCAAAAGUCAUUGCCGAAAUUGCAGGUGGAAUAUUGCUUGGACCGUCAGCCUUCGGACGAAACAAACAAUACCUACACAAAAUAUUCCCCUCAUGGAGCACCCCAAUCCUCGAAACCGUGGCAAGCAUUGGUCUUCUGUUUUUCUUGUUCCUCGUAGGCAUAGAGCUCGACUUAAGCUCGAUCCGACGUCGUAGUGGCCGAAGCGCCGUCGGCAUAGCCCUCGCCGGCAUAUCUGUCCCUUUCAUCUGCGGCAUCGGAGUUGCCUUCCUCCUCCGGAAAACCAUCGAUGGAGCUGACAAGGCCGGCUUCACCCAGUUCCUUGUGUUCAUGGGAGUGUCCCUCUCCAUCACCGCUUUUCCUGUGCUCGCCCGCAUUUUAGCAGAGCUCAAGCUUUUGACCACUCGGGUUGGCGAGACUGCCAUGGCUGCGGCGGCGUUAAACGACGUCGCUGCAUGGAUCUUGCUAGCGCUGGCCGUGGCCUUGGCCGGUGACGGUGUUGGUGGACACAAGAAGAGCCCCUUGGUAUCUGUCUGGGUCUUCCUCUCAGGUCUUGCUUUUGUUGCUUUCAUGAUGGUGGUGAUCCGCCCCGCCAUGAACUGGGUGGCCCGCCGCAGCUCCCCGGAGCAAGACUCAGUGGACGAAGCCUAUAUCUGCUUGACCCUAGCUGGAGUCAUGGUGGCCGGGUUCGUGACAGACCUAAUUGGGAUCCAUUCCAUAUUCGGAGCCUUUGUGUUUGGCCUAACAAUUCCAAAAGGAGGACGGUUUGCGGACAGGUUGACAGAGAGGAUGGAAGACUUUGUGUCUGGUCUGUUGCUUCCACUUUACUUUGCUUCAAGUGGGUUGAAGACGGACGUGGCGAAGAUCAGGGGAGGAGAGGCGUGGGGGCUGCUGGCUCUGGUUAUAUCCACGGCCUGCGCUGGGAAGAUCUUGGGAACGUUUCUUGUGGCUUUGAUGUUUAUGAUCCCUGUUAGGGAGUCCUUGACGCUUGGUGUGCUCAUGAACACCAAAGGCUUGGUUGAGCUCAUUGUUCUCAAUAUUGGCAAGGAGAAAAAGGUGCUUAAUGACGAGACAUUUGCUAUUCUAGUCCUCAUGGCACUCUUCACCACCUUCAUCACAAGUCCUCUAGUGAUGGCCAUUUACAAGCCGGCACGUGGCAUCUCAUUGCGCCCUCGCCGCAAGCUAGGUGACCUCUCGACCAGUGAGGCCUUCAAAGACGAGCUUCGAGUGGUCGCAUGUGUUCAUGGGCCUCCCAAUGUGCCUUCACUCAUUGGCCUCAUUGAGUCCAUUCGGAGCUCCAAGAAAUCCAAACUCAAACUAUUCCUUAUGCACCUUGUGGAGCUCACUGAACGCUCUUCUUCCAUUAUCAUGGUCCAAAGAGCUCGAAAAAAUGGGUUUCCCUUCUUUAAUCGGUUGGGCCGAGGCCAGCUCCACGACAGCAUUGUCGGGGCUUUCCAAGCCUAUAGCCAAUUGGGCCGUGUCUCGGUCCGGCCCACGACUGCAAUUUCAGCCAUGUCCACAAUGUAUGAAGAUAUAUGCCACGUGGCGGAAGAUAAGAGGGCGGCGAUGAUCAUCUUGCCCUUCCACAAAGAAUGGAGGUUCGACGGUGAUGAUCAGGAGACAACGGAGAUUGUGGGCCACAGUUGGAGAGGGGUCAACCAAAAGGUGCUUCAAAAUGCACCGUGCUCGGUUGCAGUGCUCGUAGAUCGUGGAUUUGGUCGCCCUAGAUCACAAACUCCUGGGCCUACAACCAUCCUGACCCAACGGAUCUGCAUUAUUUUUUUCGGUGGGCCUGAUGAUCGCGAGGCCUUGGAGUUGGGUGGUAGGAUGGCCGAACACCCGGCAGUUAAAGUGACGGUUGUGAAAUUCAUCGACAAAGAGGGCUUGGAGAGUAAUGGGCCUCAUGGGCUUAUGUUAAAGCCCUCACCCUCCAAGUCCACCGAUAAUAGCUAUAGCUUCUCCACAGCUAAAAUGGACAGAGAGAAAGAAAAGAAACUCGAUGAGGGUGCAAUGGCUGAGUUCAGAAGCAAGUGGGAUGGGAAAGCAGAGUACAUAGAGAAAGUGGGAGCCAAUAACAUUAUAGAGGGGGUGUUGGCCAUAGGACGAAGUGGAGAUCAAGACCUAUUGGUCGUAGGAAAAGGGAGGUUCCCAUCAGCCAUGGUGGCAGAAUUGGCAGACCGGCAAGCAGAGCAUGCUGAGUUAGGCCCCGUUGGAGACAUAUUGGCCUCAUCAGAUCAUGGUGUGGUCUCAUCAGUCCUUGUGAUUCAACAACAUGACGUAGCGCAUGCCGUGGAGGCUCCCAUGUCAAAGAUAGUGCACCGUGACUACGAAAGGUUCGUAGCAGAUGAAUCUUCCAGCAAUGUGCUUGAAAUUUCUAAGGAAUCUGUGUGA